AGAGACAUUGACAUGUUCUCUUGUUUACAAAUGACCACUGCUAUUAAUUUGCAAAUUGUAAAAUUACUACCAAACAUUUGUAUUUUCGUAUUACUUUAAAAUAUUUUAAGAAUGCGGCGUCGAGCAGGCGUUGGUGCUAUACAAAAGCAGAAGUUAGAACAAGAAAAGUACAGAGAAAAAGGUUCAGAAAUACAGGAAAAUCAAUUCCAACAGAUGUCUAAACAAUUAGAUGUAUUCAGAGAGAACCUUGAAGAGUUUGCAACAAAACAUAAGAGUGAAAUAAAAAAGAAUGCUCAAUUUAGAAGACAAUUCCAAGAAAUGUGUGCUGCUAUUGGCGUUGAUCCACUGGCUUCAGGAAAAGGAUUUUGGUCUGUUUUGGGUAUUGGCGAUUUUUACUACGAAUUAGGCGUGCAGAUAGUAGAAGUAUGUUUAGCGACUAACUAUAAGAAUGGAGGCUUGAUUACUUUAGACGAGUUGAGGAGUAGACUGGUGGCGGCGCGCGGCAGAGCCAAGAAGCACCAGGAUAUCACAAACGAGGAUCUAUUGGCCGCUGUGAAGAAGUUAAGGAUCUUCGGAAAUGGUUUCACAGUAAUUGCUAUCGGCAAAGGCAAAUGGCUUGUACAAUCGGUUCCCGGUGAACUAAACUUAGAUCAAACGUUAGUUCUACAGAAAGCGAGUACUUUAGGCACAGCCUGGAUAUCUUCUAGUGUACUAACUGGUGAUUUAGGAUGGAAUGAAACCCGUGCCCAGAAUGCCCUCAAUCACAUGGUAAAGGAAGGUCUGGCGUGGGUCGACACACAGAACACAGAAACUUUAUAUUGGUUUCCCAGUAUGUUCGCUGAAUGCGUGUCAGCGUGAAUGUAUAUCACAUAAGAUGCAUUUGUAUUUAAUAAAUUGAUUUUUUAUUUAAA